AUGGCAAACGUGCUUCUUGCUGACUGUAAGGGUUAUUUAAAGGAAUGUCGAGCACUUUGCGAUAUCGGUUCCCAGGUGAGCUUCGUUUGUGAAUCAUUAGUAACUGUUUUGAAUCUUCCUAGAAGUCCCUGCGAGUUGCAAAUCGAGGGCAUUGAUCGAAGCCUUUCAACUCGUACCAAAGGUGUUGUCAGAGUUAGUAUGCAGUCUCAUGUGGACGAGAAGUUCCAGAUCAGCUUUGAUGCGUUCAUCAUUGAUUCAAUCACGUCUAUGGCUCCUUCUACUAAUAUAGACAUCCGGACCAGUCAUCACUUAAGGGAUCUUUGUUUAGCUGAUCCGGAAUUCGGUAUACCAGGUCCCGUAGAAUUACUGAUUGGCGCAGAUAUUUGGCCUGCUCUCGUAUUAAACGAUGUUGUCGUCGGUUCUCAUAACGAACCAUGUGCAUUACACACUCGUCUGGGAUGGGUAGUGCUAGGGCCAGUAGCAUCGAACGAGUCGAAGUCAACCCUUUUCUCAUCACUCAUUGACGUUUCCGAUGAUUCUACCAACGAUGAACUUCUAAGAAAAUUUUGGGAAGUAGAGGAGCCUCCUGAUAACAUCAAGGCGGAGGUGGACGAAUGUGAAGAGAUUUUCGCAAGUACGGUUGCGCGACAUCCGAAUGGUCAAUAUAUAGUACAGAUACUAUUUCGAUCUGAUGCCCCUCCACUUGGAAAUUCACAUUCGGCGGCACUUCGGCAAUUUUUGAAACUAGAGCGGACAUUGGCAAACGACUAUGUACUGAGGGCGAAAUACGUGGAGUUCAUGAGGGAAUACAUUAAUUUGGGACAUAUGAAAGCAAUCGAUGCUCCUCCAGUUGACAUGGGAAGCCGUUAUUACAUCCCUCACCAUGCUGUUUUGACCAAAUUCAGAGUAGUGUUUAACGCAUCGUCUAAAACAACAAACGGUGUAUCUUUUAACGAUACACAAAUAAGUGGACCACAGCUACAGGACAACCUGGUUGACAUACUUCAUCGAUUUCGGCGGUAUUCGGUAGCUCUCACAGCCGAUAUCAAAAAGAUGUUCCGACAGGUAAUGAUGGACUCCAGGCAUCGAAAAUGGCAACAGAUCCUUUGGAGGGAGGGCCCUAAUGAACUCUUGCGUACCUAUCAACUUAAGACAGUGACGUACGGUAUGGCGAGCAGUCCUUUUAAUGCUAUUAGGUCAUUGAGACAGUGUGCAUACGAUAAUUCGAAAGUGAUCGCUGACGUCAGCCGGGCAGCCGCAGCACGAGACAGCAUCCUUCAUAGCUUCUAUGUUGAUGAUUAUUUGGAAAGUGUCCACACGACAGAACUGGCCAUCAACCGUGCACGAGACGUUGAUGCCAUUCUUCAACAAGGUAAAUUUGAGUUAGACAAAUGGAACUCCAACUGCGUUCAGACCCUGGAAGGAAUCAGUGGCUCUAAGGCGUCAGCAUCGGAGAUAAAUUUUAGCGAUUCCAGCACAACGGUAUUGGGCCUUCACUGGAAUCCUAUUUCUGAUACGUUAUUCUUCAAGGUUAAGGUAUGUAACUUUGACACAAUUCCUACUAAACGGAUUGUUUUGAGUGAUAUUGCAAGGUUGUAG